CUCGCAUUACAAUUCCAAUCUGUCAGAACGAGCAAGCAUGUUAGUUACAUGGAUUUCGAUACUAACCUCAAAGCUGGAAGUAAUCACUUCCGACGAGACGCAUGUAUUAGCAAGAAAAAUCCUGUUUUAUACAAAAUGCCUCACACUACAAUGCAAAAUCUAUACAACCAAUUGCACACGAUCUAGCGUAGUACGUGUUACGAUGCGAAUGAGUCAUGAGCCCUUAUCUCGAUCGCCUGAUUUGCAGUGCAAAUGUAACGACCGGUUUCAUCAUUUCUAAUAGAACUAGGCUCGCCGCAAGUAUCAACAUUGCAAUAGCGGGGUUGUUCUACCUUAUCGUUUUGUGUCUGCGCAUGUAUAAGUUUAAGCCGGAACCGAUACGACGGAACAGAGUCCAACGUAUCUGCUACCGUUCUGGCUGCCUCCAGUUUCAGUGUGUGCUUACAAGCGUAUAGUCGAUGCACGAUGGGUAACCUUUUUUCCAGCAGCAAUUCGAGCCGGCCGCGCACGGCUCGUGGCCCACCAAAGCCUCAUGCGCUCUACCGCACCCAGGGAGGCUGUACUGCGUGUGGCGAAGCGGACCAUUCGGUCGAUCGUUGCCGAUACGCGAAACGAUUGUGCUUCCACUGCCGCAGGGAGGGCCACAUCGUUCGGAUGUGCCCGGUUCGGUUGAGAGAAAAUCAACACAAAAGCAACACUAGGCGCAAUUAAAGCGUCUUGGCAAUUGUUUCCAUUAAUAAAAACACAUUUUGCGACCCCCUACCAGGCAGGGAUGCGGUCUGUAUCUCGAUUUCGGAACGUGUACGUGAAAGUAAACAAUGCACUUAUGGUGGUGGUGAUGGUGGGUAAAUGGUGUGGUAAGGACCUGUUGAGUGAAAAGCGCAUGGUGUGUGUGUGUGUGGUGGUGAGUUGACAGCUCCGUUCAAAGAACAAUCGUAGCCGGCGUGCGCGGCGAACAGCAGAGACCGGCAAGCGUUCAGAACCCAUUUCUCAGUAUUUUGUCACCAAAGUGUGGCGUCUUUUCAGUCCGUGAUCGUUCGUUGCUGUGCUUAGACGUCAAAAGCGAUGGGGAAUUUGCUGUGCUGCCGAACCAAGAAGCGGACCAAAUCGACCGGAAGUAGUAGCAGCUUCAACAGCGAGUACGACAGCCACCAACUGCCCUGGGACGCGGAAGCGUUCCAGUGGGUGGAUCCCAGCCGGCCCCAACACCAUCUCCCGACGGCGGGAUGGCGCGGUGGAACUGCUUUUGGGCAGGGAAUUACCACUUCGCAAGUGAAGCCACCGCAAGUGGUAGCGAGCAAGAGUUGCCCCAACAGACAGCCGGUGAAAAGCUGUGAGGCCUGCGGCGAGACGGACCACCGGGCGGAUAGUUGCCGGUAUGCCACGCGCAUGUGCUUCUACUGCCGCAGCGAGGGACACAUUAUGCGCAACUGCCAGAAGCGCAAGCGAGGCAGGAAGGUGUUGCACCACCACCGCAUAAAGGCCGGCGGCGCCUACCAGGUGCCGACGAUGGAGCUGAAAAACAAGUACCAACCGCACCAUCAUCACCAACCGAAAAAGGGCCACUCCGCCGGACAGCGGAAGCAACCGCAUCGUAACGGGCUGACCGCAACGGGUGGACGAAAGAAGGUCCCCGGACAUGGAUGGGUGGCCCCGAACCACCACCACCAGCCACCGAAGCCCCAGCAGCACCAUCACUUACCUCCAGGCGUGGGCCGUAAACCCCGGACACCGAUCCGGACAAUCGUCGCAUUCGGCUCCGUCGAAGAUCUCCGUAAUGAUGACGCCCUGAAACGAGACAACGGAUGUGGUUACUUGAUUUACGCAAUUAUGUGCUGUAUUUAAAGAUCGGCGAGAACAAUCUCGGUUUUGUUUAACGCAUCGAAAACGUGUCGACGAAGCCGGUUUAAGGGGUGAUUCGUUAUGUUUAUGUUAUAAGCCAGCUAACAAUUAGAGUGGCCCUGUUUUUCGUGCCAUACCAUGACACACAAACGCGUUUGUGCAUUUGUUCUUGUUUAAGAGAGAGCGAGAGAGAGAAGGAAGUGUAGAGUGUAGUAGAGAAUUCGAUCCGUUCUCAAGGACCAAGGGCUCUGUUUAUGCGAAGCAGAUGUGAAGAAACGGGAAGAAAACGAUCCACUUGCCCAAGCCGUGAGAGACCACCAUGAGGCAGAAUAGGGAACUUUGUUUGCUUUGAAUAUCAGAUUGAAGAAGUUGUGAGAAAGUGGUUCACACUUUCGCUUGAUGGUACAGUGGAAUUUCAGAAUUUUUCACGUUACAAAUUUGCCGUUUCGAGCGAUACUUUGGACGAACCUUACCCCUAGAUUAUAUUUAUGCGUAACGGAUGUGACGAAAACAAGAGAUGGAGACAGUUUUCGGUUCAUUAUAGGACUUCCAAGAGGGAAUAGAAUUUGAACAACAAUCGCACUUUCUUUCGAUGCUUUUUUGAAGAUUCGAAUUUCCAGAUUAUUAAGCGAACUUUGAAAUUAACCACGGUAAAAAAUAAA